UCUAAACAUCCAACCAAACAUGGCAGUUGGUAACUUGUGUGUUUUGAGGUUCUUGUGUCUAGCUUUGUUAAUGGCAAUGGCUGCUGCAACCCAGUUCAGGGUUGGAGGACUAAAGGGUUGGACUGUUCCUACAGAUGAUGCAGGGUUUUAUGGCAAAUGGGCUGAAAGCAGUAGGUUCCAAAUUGGUGAUUCUUUAUUGUUUGUUUACCCACAAGGACAAGACUCAGUGCUUCAUGUGAGCCAGGAGGGUUACAACACCUGCAACACAGCAGCACCCAUUGAUGCAUUCCAAGAUGGAAACACAGUGUUUACAUUAAAUAGUUCAGGGACAUUCUACUUCAUUAGUGGAAACCAAGAUAAUUGUCUCAAGAAUGAGUCUCUUGUGGUUGUGGUAAUGGCGGAAAGGAAUAAUAAUGCUAGUGCACCAAGCUUACCACCUUCUUCUCCUUCAGUGGUUUCGCCACCUCCUCCACCACCAAGUUUGGCUUCACCACCUCCAAUGGCUUCACUAGCUCCACCCCCACCUCCCCAGGAAUCCAGUGCCACACCAACAACAUCACCACCAGCAGGAGCAUCCAUUUCCACCUUCUCCAAAUGGAGCUUCUCCAUUAAUGGCGAUGAGCUUCAGGGCCCCACUUGGGGCUCUGCUUGGUUUUAUCCUGUAUAUUUUGUAAUUGAAGAAUACUAUAUAUAUGUGUAUAAUUGAGUGUGUGAUUUGUUGUGAGUGAGAUGUCAUA